GCCGCCCCGGCCGUCGCCGCCCGACGUGUUCGCGGGUUUCGCGCCCCACCCCGCGGGCCUGGGCCCCCCGACGCUGCUGGCCGAGCAGAUGAGCGUGAUCGGCAGCCGCAAGAAGAGCGUGAACAUGACCGAGUGCGUGCCGGUGCCCAGCUCCGAGCACGUCGCCGAGAUCGUGGGCCGCCAGGGGUGCAAGAUCAAGGCUCUGCGCGCCAAGACGAACACGUACAUCAAGACGCCGGUGCGCGGGGAGGAGCCGGUGUUCAUUGUGACGGGCCGGAAGGAGGAUGUGGAGAUGGCCAAGCGCGAGAUCCUGUCGGCCGCCGAGCACUUCUCCGUCAUCCGCGCCACGCGCAGCAAGGCCGGCGGGCUGCCCGGCUCCGCGCAGGGCCCCCCCAACCUGCCGGGACAGACCACCAUCCAGGUGCGCGUGCCCUACCGCGUGGUGGGGCUCGUGGUGGGGCCCAAGGGCGCCACCAUCAAGCGCAUCCAGCAGCGGACGCACACGUACAUCGUGACGCCCGGGCGCGACAAAGAGCCGGUGUUCGCCGUGACGGGCAUGCCCGAGAACGUGGACCGGGCGCGCGAGGAGAUCGAGGCGCAUAUCACGCUGCGCACGGGCGCCUUCACCGACGCGGGCCCCGACAGCGACUUCCACGCCAACGGCACCGACGUCUGCCUGGACCUGCUCGGCGCAGCCGCUGGCCUCUGGGCCAAAGCCCCCAACCCGGGCCGGCGGCCCCCCGCGGGCGCCCUGCCCUGGCGGCCCCCGCAGAGCGCACUGUCAUCCUUCUCCGGCAGCGCCGGCUUCUCCACGGCCACCUCGCUGCCCAGCGGCUCCCCAGCCGCCGCCUGCGCCCCCCUGGACUCGGGCGCCUCCGAAAGCAGCCGCAAGGCCUCUGCCGCGCUGUCCGCGCCCCCCGCCCCGGCCGCCCCCGGCGCCCCGGCCCUGGCGCGUGAGUGUGUGGUGUGCGCCGAGGGCGAGGUGAUGGCCGCGCUGGUGCCCUGUGGCCACAACCUCUUCUGCAUGGACUGCGCCGUCCGCAUCUGCGGCAAGAGCGAGCCCGAGUGUCCGGCCUGCCGCACGCCCGCCACCCAGGCCAUUCGCGUGGAGACGGCGGCCCAGCGGCACCUCAGUUCUUAACAAAUAGCAGUAUUGAGUCGAUAGGUUCAAAUAAACCCGAGAGAAAUGGUCUGCUUGCACUUUUUAUUUAAGACGCCCCUCUCCAGGGCGAUCUUUUUAA